AUGAAGGCUCAUAAACAUGUUUUAAAUAAUAAUUAUUCCGAUGCUGAAACAUGGAAGCGCAAACAGAGAACAUGGGCGACUGUGGAGUAGGAAUUUGCCAGACAUACCGGAGUACACCGAUCAUAUGUAGCGCUAAGGGACAAAUACAGAAAUUUUAAGGCAAAACAUAAUAAAUGCAAGACCGUCACAAAAUGGUCUACAAUAGUUGGAGAAUUGCAAGAAACAACGGAAAAAUCAAGUUUUAUUAAAACUGAAGUAUUUGAAAUCAUUGAACUUGAGGAAUCAUGCUUACAAAGCAAUCCAGUGCCACCUAAUGAAAAUCCAAUUGUGGAGGAAGUUGCAUCUUUAAAUCGCAGGCCGCAAGAGCUAAAAGAACAAUAUCAAAUGCUGGCAACUAAGCGAAAGUGCAACUUGGAUGAGGAGACACUUGUACUGAUAAGGCUGCAGCAGGAGUUUUAUCAAAAUGAAACUAUUCGAGCUGCUGAAAUGCAUCACAUGAGAAGGGAGGUCCUUGAACUAAAAAAGGAACUCUUUGAAGUGGAAAUUAGACUGCGUGCAGAUGGACAUCUUUCUUGCAUUAAAUUGGAAGAGGACAGCACAUAGAAAGCAUAACAUUCUUCUACUUAAAAUUGCAACAGUGGAAGUAAGUGGAAAUUUUAUUAAUACAUAAUUUACACCCAAAUGUAUGCUUCAAAAGUUUUCGCAGAUAUCACUAGAAAGUUUCCAACUUUGU